CCAUGUCUCAGCUAGAUGAUAGAAUCAGGUAAUAUCCAAAUAGCUAUCCACUUUGCUGGGUCUAUCAUAUUGAUAUUCACAGCUCCAGGAUCUAGCAAGUGUUUCUCUUUAAUUUAACAGUUUCUUUUAAGUAUUUCUCUUUCAAGGAUUUUCUUUUCGGUCUAGUUUACGUGCCCCUAUAAAAGGAGACGUUCUACAAUUUCCACACAAGAAAGAAAGUUGCCUUGGGAGAAAAAAGACAGCCAUGGAACAGUUACUUCAAAUUGAUGGCGCAAUAGAGUUCUUUUUGGAGACUGCCUCCUCGAAUGUCAAUUGGGAAGGCAGCUCAACCGAUAUUGAAAGGGACAAGCUUAUUACAGUCGCAGCUGCUGUAAACAGGCAGUUUGGAAUACACCUGGAUUGUUUAGAUAUAGAAUUAACUUGGGCUAAACUUAGGGCCUUCUGGGAAACCUGGGUCCGCGAGACCUAUUAUGUGCCUUCCGAAGCGGUUAAUUUUACUACUGGAGAAAUCAAUAUUGAUGACUUCGCCUGGGAUCAACUAGUGAGGAUUGUUCCGGACUGGGAAAUUUUUCGAAGGAAAAAAAUGAUUUCGCCGAACAUGGUUUGUACGGUUUUUAACCGUACACCACCGUCGCUAGUGCCCGAAGAGCUGCAUUCAAGGGGUCGUUUGAAUAUGUCAUCAGGCAGAUCCUCUUCUAGAAAGAGGAGAAAAUCUCCCGAAGAGGUUGAAGAGGAAGAAUUGAAUGCUUGUAUGGACGAGGUCUACAAAAUUGACGAACUGGCAAUCUCUGAGACAUAUAUUGAUUUUUGUUUUGCACUUUUUAGAGAAAGUGAAUUCCGGACUUGUUUUAAUUUACUUCCCAACAAAACUUUGAAGUAUGAAUAUAUUGUUCGGCAAUAUAAUCUGAACUUUGAACUUUGAAGUUUAUGAAUAUGUUGUUCUGGUAUAUAAUCUGUGCGUUGCCCCUUAGCUAGUAUUAUCGUCCCGUCACGGUCUAGAGUCUAGACAUGUGUAUCCUAUUGUCCCAGCUCAAACUCAUGUAUUUUAGACAUUGCUCUCGCAUGGUCCUGGAUGUAUGAUUAUCUAUUUAUGUAGCCCUUGAUAAAAAUCUUGUA